AAUAGUUUGUCUCAUUUACAUCAAUUCGAAGUUUAGAAAUGAAUAAACACACUCCAACACUAGUCUUGCUUUCACUACUUCUCUUGGUCUCCGAUCACACAAGGCUAAUGGUUCGAGUUCACUCGUACGUACCUUUUUGUGCAUACACAUAUGAUUAUUUCUCUUAUUGUCUUGAAUUUCUCACGGGCAAUUAUUACAAACCCGGUAAGAAAUGUUGUGUCCACAUCGCAAAACUUAACGUAAUUGCCAAGCACAGAAAAGAGAAUCCGAGGCUUCUGUGUAAUUGUGUUGAGAUGAUGACGAAAGGUUAUACGCCUCCGAUGUUGGCUGAUAAGAUCCAAGAGCUUCCUCCUCUUUGCAACACGCAUCUCAGCUUCCCUAUCUCCUCUAGCAUGGACUGCUCUACGUAA